CAAAACCCUAGAAAAAAAAUAUGGCGGAACCAACCGGAGUAGUGGCGGUUUACGGCGAAGCAUCCAUGACGGAGACGAAACAACAAUCCCCCUUCUCCGUCAAAGUCGGUCUCGCUCAGAUGCUCCGCGGCGGCGUAAUCAUGGACGUCGUCAACGCCGAGCAAGCGCGAAUCGCCGAGGAAGCCGGCGCCUGCGCCGUCAUGGCUCUGGAGCGCGUUCCCGCCGACAUCAGAGCGCAGGGCGGCGUCGCGAGGAUGAGCGAUCCGGAGAUGAUCAAAGAGAUCAAACAGGCCGUUACGAUUCCGGUCAUGGCCAAGGCUCGGAUCGGCCACUUCGUCGAGGCGCAGAUCCUCGAAUCGAUCGGAGUCGAUUACGUCGACGAGAGUGAAGUCCUCACUCUCGCCGACGAAGAUCACCACAUCAAUAAGCACAGCUUCAAGGUUCCCUUUGUUUGCGGGUGCAGGAACCUCGGGGAGGCCCUGCGGAGGAUCCGAGAAGGAGCCGCGAUGAUAAGGACUAAAGGAGAGGCGGGAACGGGGAACGUUGUGGAGGCAGUUAGGCACGUGAGGAGCGUGACGGGAGCGAUACGUUUGCUUAGAGGUAUGGAUGAUGAUGAGGUUUUCGCUUACGCGAAGAAGAUCGCUGCGCCUUAUGAGUUGGUUAUGCAGACGAAGCAGUUAGGGAGGUUACCGGUGGUUCAGUUCGCUGCAGGGGGAGUUGCGACGCCGGCGGAUGCGGCGUUGAUGAUGCAGUUGGGGUGUGAUGGUGUGUUUGUGGGGUCGGGGAUUUUCAAGAGUGGAGAUCCGGGGAAGCGUGCGAAGGCGAUUGUGCAGGCGGUUACGAAUUAUAGAGACGCGGCGGUGUUGGCGGAGGUGAGCUGUGGGUUGGGUGAAGCUAUGGUUGGUAUCAAUUUGGAUGAUAAGGUUGAGAGGUUUGCGAACCGGUCUGAGUAAACCGGUUUAAGAAUUCAAAUGUUUUUAUUUCGGUUUAAAUUGGUUAUAUUGGGAUACGUUUGUGUUCGUAAUGCUCUGAAUGUUAUGUUUGGGUCCAACGGGCUUUGUUGUUUGGGCCUCGGGACUUGUUAUUUAAAUUCAGAUAUGUUUUGUUUCUUUUACUCCUCCAUAUACUAUAUAACUCCUGAA